GUCCUGUUGGUUGAAAGUACAGAGAGACAGACAGGUAAGCGGUGGGGGUGUCAGAGUCCGCUGAUAAAUUCAUAAAAAAUGACUGUGAUGUCAUCAGCUGAGUCGUCAGGUGUGCGGCAGGUUCCUCUGUGAUUUCCUAGCUAUUUGUCCUGAACCUGUCUCACCCUGUCACACCUGUCUCUCUCUUCACCUGGCAGUCGACGGGCUGACAGAGCAGAACUGCUAAGCAGCAAGAACAACAUGGAAUCUAGAGAGGAAGAACAAGCGGAAGAAACAUCUGGGACAUUUGCAGCAGAUGAAACCGCUGAAAACUUUGAAACUACCAACAUCAUGACUGCUGAUGCAACCACUACUAAAGCAACAGCUGCAAGUACUUCAACGACAACUCUGUCUACACCAUGUGAUGAUCAAAUAGACGAUGAGGUAGCACAAGAAGGCAGCGUUGCCAUGGCAACAAUAGAUGCCAGCACAGUAGGUGAAAAGGAGGAAGGAGAAGGAUGUAGGGAGGGAAGAUCUGCCACAAAUGAAGAUGAUGAAGAAGAAGAUGAGCAGGGAGCUGUUGAGUCUGAGGAGUCUGAGUGUGAAAAAAACCCAUCAACCCCAAGCAGAGACAGGCCAGCUCCUCCCAGCAGUCUGGCUUUGUCGGGGGCACGACCGAUAAAGAAGAAAGUCCUGGUGGCUCCAGCUCUCAGUCUGUCAUUAGGUGGCAGUGGGUCAGUGGUUUCUGAUGACUUCCCCUCGGCCUUCAUAUCCCCCUCACCUGAAAAUGAUGAUGACCCUGCCCUUGACUUUGACUUGGACGCCAUGGAGACACCUUCUGACAGCGAAUCGUUGCACUUCCCAAUCUAUGACCUGGACCUGGAAGAUGACCUGCAGCGUCUUGGCGUUGCAUCCCGUCGUACCAGAGCACAUGGCUCCAGAUCUAGGUCAAAUUCUCGGACAGGUUCGCUUCAAGGGAUAGAUCAAAGUGGACUGGGAGCUCUGGUGAGAGAUGACGUGGUGGACAGUGCAGGCACUAGGUGGCGCUGUUUCUCCACAGGCGACCCUCUGCAGGAGAACCGGGUUAACAUGAGCGUCCUGCAGCCGUUUCUCAGGGUUUUGUCACACGGAGGUUACUAUGAAGACAGUAUGAAUGACAUCAUCGUAUUUUCCUCCUGUUACCUGCCAGAGAGCAGUCUGGAGAAUUACCAGUAUGUGAUGGAUAACUUGUUCAGGUUUAUUGUUGGGACUCUGGAGCUGAUGGUAGCAGAAAAUUAUGUGAUAGUAUAUUUUUGUGCUGGAGGACAGAAGGACAAAGUACCAGGAAUCAGCUGGCUCAAGGAAUGUUACACUACCAUUGACCGGAAGCUGAGGAAGAACCUGAAAGGUUUCUAUGUGGUUCAUCCCACCUGGUACAUCAAAGCUCUCAUCACCAUAAUCAAACCAUUCAUCAGCUCAAAGUUCAGCAGGAAGAUGCAGUUCAUCGACAGUCUUAAAGAACUUUCUAAUUUUAUCCCCACUGAGCAUGUGCAGAUUCCAGAAAGUGUCAGAGAGUACGACCAGAGCUUGUCCAGAUGAAGCUCAGGUGAUGCUGGUGAUUGGGAAUAUUCCUUCCUGUCGUAUUUAUGCAUACAGCUAUCUGCAACCCCACCCAGCAGGAAGAACAUCGGGGUCUUCAAAGCCUCUUUAUCAGUGUUCCAGGACAAACUCUGACAGUAUCUGUCAGCAGAUCAAUGCCCACAGACGCUGGUGAAGAAGAAGAGUUUAGGAGCGUUUCAGCCUUCUUUAAGGGUCAUCUUAAACAGUGUUGAUGUGACUUAGGUUGAAGUAUAAAAUAGAUGAACAACAAAGUGCCAAUUUAAAGGGAAAAAUGCAGUAUAAUGUAAUCAGCAAAGAUCACAACCUCCCUGAUUUUAAACAAGUUUUUUCUUACAAUUAUUCUCAAACAAAAAUGUUUCUCAUGUUUGUUUGUUUUUUUUUUUACUUAUUUUCAACUUUCAUUAAAUUUGGGUUCCUUUGCAUUUCAGUCCCCAAAGACCAAAAUUUAUCAUCUCCAUAAUAGUGAAACUGGGAUGAUUCAUUUUUUCUUUUUAUAUUUUUAAGAAGCAGAACGCCUCAAACUGUUAAACAGAUUUAACUGAAGUUGUACAUUUAUAUUCAAGGUUGCUGCAACCUGGUGAAGGUUUUAAAUACUUAUUCUAUUCUGCAUUUUUUCAGAUUCAUGACCACAAGUUGAAUUAUCAGCUCUGCCGGUGCUAGGUUAUUCUUGUCACUGAAUAAAAUCAUAAUGGCAACGUG